GCUUUGCCAUGAGCCGCUCACUGCUGCUGACGUGCCUGGUGCCGGCCGGGCUGCUGGGCCUGCGCUACUAUUACAGCCGCAAGGUGAUCCUCGCCUACCUCGAGUGUGCGCUGCACACGGACAUGGCCGACAUUGAGCAGUACUACAUGAAGCCACCUGGCUCCUGCUUCUGGGUGGCCGUGCUGGAUGGCAACGUGGUGGGCAUUGUGGCUGCAAGGGCCCACGAAGAGGACAACACAGUGGAGCUGCUGCGUAUGUCUGUGGACUCGCGUUUCCGUGGCAAGGGCAUCGCCAAGGCACUGGGGCGGAAGGUUCUGGAGUUCGCCAUGGUGCACAACUACUCUGCGGUGGUGCUGGGCACGACGGCCGUCAAGGUGGCUGCCCACAAGCUCUACGAGUCGCUGGGCUUCAGACACAUGGGUGCGAGUGACCACUACGUGCUGCCCGGCAUGACCCUCUCGCUGGCCGAGCGCCUCUUCUUCCAGCCUCAGCCCUCGCCCUUCCCAGCCUGUGGGGCAACUCGCCACACCCUGAAGAGCGGCAUCUUGGACCACUGCGGCUGUCCGCGACGCUACCCAGCCGGCUGCCCCGUGGGGAGGCCCUGCCUGGCCCACCAAGCACAGAACCUCCGUGACAAAGCCCCUGACCCGGUUCUGGCUCGACUCUCGGCCCUGGAAACGCAGCCUGCUGGGCUGACCGCUGCCUGCAGAACAACGAGCCAGCUGCGGGCCCGCUUUGCUCUGUGCAUGCUGAGGAUGUGGCCUGGCCGCAGCAUGCCGCAUGCCCGCAGCCUCCUGCCCUGCCACCCUGCCUGGACCGGACCCCGAGACCGUGGCUGGUGAGCGUCCCGGCCCUGGCCCUGCUCUCUGCAGGGGUUUGCCUCAUCCGCCUGGCUCUGUCCACUCCCGCUUUGCUUUGACGUUGCAGCACCCCCUUUCCUUCUGGUCCCAGCCCCUCCCUGUCUGGGCUCGGCUGGCGGGCGUUAUCACCCGGGAGGUUCCCAUAGCAACUGUGGCGUGGCCAUGGCAGGGGCCCCGGGCACCCCUCUUCCACAGCGCCCACUGGGUCACAGUGGCCUCUCCUAGACAUCCUGGGACCUUCUGCUUCCUGGUGGAUGGGUCCGCCCACGAAUGCUCACCCAGGCUGCCGCCGACACUGCUGAGCCCACAGUUUCCCCAGCCUGAACCGAUCCAUUUUCUAAUAAGUUAUUUAGACAGAAUAGCACUCUGCAUGACUUUAGCUCUUGGGACAAAACGGUAGUUUGUAUCCUAAGACACUGUUUCUGGCCCAGUGUGAUGGGGGUAGGUGGCCGGGUGGGUGAUUUCACAGCUUGAAAUCUGGAGAGAGACCCUGAUUUAGCCUAAGUUCCCACCAAGGAGCAUUCUGAGCAUGUGGGGAGGCUCCCGGUCGUCCCUCCCAGCCCUGGCCUGCAGGGUGGCAGGAUGGAGGGGACGAGGGUCCCACAGCCUUGGUCGGGGGUCUGGCCUCCUCGGGCCCGGGGCAGGAGGGGCGGCCCAGGGGCAGGAAGGAUGGCUGGCUGGGCUCUCACUGGCUCUACUCCCAGCCGCUUUUCCCCGGGGUAGAGGAGGGGCUGUCCUGGGUAUGGGUCGGCCUAGGAAGGGGAGAGGAAGGUGGGGGUGGCACGGGGCCCAUGUCCAGCCUGGAGCUGGACCUGGCUUUGAUGGGCAGGAGGGGCGUAAAUGCCCACCCAGGCCCCUAUGUGUGGGGGCUCGGGGAGGGGAAAGGCAGGCAGGGCUGGCCGUGGAGCUGGGUCCCAAGCACCAAGGCCACACGUGGAGCCAUGGAGGGGACGUUCUUUCAAAGGCGCUUCAGAAAUUAGUGGAUUAAUGGGGCAAACCUGGCUUCUGAGGGGCCUUUUGUCCCUUUGGCACUUGAGGUGUUUGCAGAGUACUGUACAGACCCCGCUCCCCUGUACAUUCCUCCCUGGUGGCGCCCGGUCCCUGCUCGGGAAUGGGAGUUUUGUAGACUGUACAGAAAUCGGCACCCUAUUUUCUUGCAGCUCUCAGAUUUUGUUAAUCUGGAUUAUACAGACAGACGUAAAGUGUUUUAGCAAAAUGGAAACAAA